AAAAUGUCAGUUUCAAAAUGUUUUAUAAACAGAAUUGAAAGUUAUUAUAUUUUGGAUUUUCAGUCAAGUCGGCUGGAACCGAACAGACAAUCUACAAGCAGCAGUGCACUAAUUCAUAGUGCCCAACUGACCAAAGACGAUGAUAACAACAAGAAGAAGAUUUCAGUCUUUGCUGCUUAUAAAUUCUAACGAUUGAGUGCGCAACAGACUCCUUUCAACCAAAGUAGAAGAGAGCUUCACCUGCGGCCUCUGCUACGUUGUCGUUUUGCUCUUUUCCUCAUCUGAUCUUGAACUGACAAGAACAAAUACUACACCUGAUCUUUUGUCCAUAGGCCGAGAAAGCAUGGAUCCACACAAUUUUGGCAACCAUCCACGACUGAAGCCACCUAUGGUAUUAACUGGAACAGCAAAUGAAGGCAGCGCAGGACCACCUAUCGGUCUAACUGACAUAGGCGUAAGCGAAGAUGCCUACCUUUUUCGGGUUGCACUGCCUGGCCUUCGGAAGAAUGAAUGUAGUGUAAAAUGUGAGAUCCUACAUGAUGGGACUGUUCACGUACGAGGAGUGGUAACACCUGAUGGAGGAAUUCUGCGAGAUUCCUCAGGGGUAUUUCAGUUAAGAGUCCAGCAACUCUGCCCACCCGGACCAUUUACAAUUUCAUUUAAAUUGCCUGGACCUGUUGACCCCAGACUCUUCUGUCCUAACUUCCGAGCUGAUGGUAUCCUGGAAGGGGUUGUUAUGAAACAGAGAGUACCAGUUAUUCAUGUGGAUGGUUGAGUCCUGCCUCAGCGAGCUUUGCAGUCACAACUCCGUCCAAUCAUGGGUGUGGUAAAUGUACAAAGGGAUGCCGUCAAACACUAGGCCAGGUUUUAUACACUUUCUUGUUUUUCUUUUGGGAGAAAAAAUCCAUGCUUCAGUUCAGACUUUCCUAGCUGACAAACAGUGCUUUUUAUUUAUCAAUUUUGAUUUUGUGUUA